UUUUCUAUUUUUUGCCUUUGGUUUUUUUUUUUUAAACCCAUUAUUUAUUUUUUCCCGCGGAACUUUGGAGGAAACCUGCCCAGCUUUUAGCAUGAUGUCUUACCUAAAACAGCCCCCUUACGGCAUGAACGGGCUGGGGCUGACGGGCCCCGCCAUGGACCUGCUGCAUCCUUCCGUGGGGUACCCGGCUACCCCCCGGAAGCAGCGUCGGGAGCGCACCACCUUCACCCGCUCGCAGCUGGACGUGCUGGAGGCACUCUUCGCCAAGACCCGCUACCCUGACAUCUUCAUGCGGGAGGAGGUCGCCCUGAAGAUCAACUUGCCCGAAUCCCGAGUUCAGGUCUGGUUCAAGAACCGCCGUGCCAAGUGCCGGCAGCAGCAGCAGAGCGGCGGUGGGGCCAAGAGCCGCCCGGCCAAGAAGAAAUCCUCGCCGGCUCGCGAGAGCUCGGGUUCGGAGAGCAGCGGGCAGUUCACUCCCCCAGCAGCGGCCUCCAGCUCGGCCUCAUCUUCCUCCUCCAGCUCUGCCUCCUCGGCUCCAGCGGGUGCCCCAGCGUCUCUCAGCACCCCGGCCUCGUCCAUCUGGAGCCCGGCUUCCAUCUCUCCCGGCGCGGCGCCGGCGGGGGUGACAGUGCCCGAGCCCCUGCCGCCGGCCGCCGCAUCCUGCAUGCAACGGGCCGGCCCUGCCGCUGCCUCCGCCAGCUACCCCGUGUCCUACGGCCAAGGCGGGGGUUACGGGCAGGGUUACCCCGCGCCGCCCUCCUCGUCCUAUUUCGGGGGCGUGGAUUGCAGCUCCUACCUGGCGCCCAUGCACUCCCACCACCAUCCCCACCAGCUCAGCCCCAUGGGGCCCUCCUCGGUGCCUGGCCACCACCACCACCACCCGCUGAGCCAGAGCUCGGGCCACCACCACCACCAUCACCAUCACCACCACCACCAGGGUUACGGUGGCACCGGGCUGCCCUUCAACUCCUCCGACUGCCUGGACUACAAGGAGCCCGCCGCUGCCGCCGCCGCCUCCUGGAAGCUCAACUUCAACUCCCCUGACUGCCUCGACUACAAGGACCAGGCGUCCUGGCGCUUCCAGGUCUUGUGAGGGGCCAAACGUCCGUCCCCUUCAAGCCACCACAGACCCCUGGCCUCGGGUCUCCCCGCCGCCUCCGGGCAGGACUCCAGCCUCGGCUCUUCCUCCUCUUCCUCCUCCUCCUCCCUACUCUUCCUUAGCAGUGACGAUGUCCUGGGGGGAAGGAUCCUGCCACCCCCACCUCUACUGACUGAUAUUUAUUUGCUUCCUGUGCCCCUCCAGCGGGUUUAUUAUAAUUAUUAUUUUUUUAAACGCGACAGAAGAGGAGUUUAAAAGAGGAAAAAAAAAAGAUAAUAAAAAGCUUAAUGUCUCCCCUGCCGCCCGCCCCGGGCAGAGGCACAGGCUGGCUCCUGCCCUGCCAGUGCCUCCCCUCCUCCACACCUCCCCAGUUUCCCGUGGGGACCCCCACGCCCCUGGCUGCGGGAGCCCCUUCCUCGCCGGUCCCGGGCAGCCUCUUGCCGCUGGCGGCGGUGGGAGCGGUGUAAAUACUUGGUCCGUUCCAGUGACCGUGAUUAUUUUUAGUUGAUGCUGUUGGGUUGGCGUUUAUCUGGAGUCUUAACACGGAACAGAACUUUAAAAAAAGAAACCCACUCGAAAAAGAUCUCUUUUUUUUUUUUCCUUUUUAAACGAUCUUUCUCACCUCCAACCCCAGUCUUUCUCUGGCUCACGGCCUCCGUCCGUC